AUGGAGAAGUUUUGGCCCAGUGUUAAGGCGGGCGGCAUCCUCGCACCGGGCAGUGCCAAUGCCUUCCAGAAUGCCGUUUAUCAGGUGGAACGGUCUUUGAACGAUGCGAAGAAGCCCGGUCCACAGCCAACAGACCUCGGGCUACUUGAGAGGGAUUACUUGGAGAACCCUGCGGACACCUUGAACAUAGAGGGCGCAGAAAAGAAGGGAGAACAAGGGAUUUUGAAGGAGUGUGGUGCAAGAGCGAAUUGCUUCUCGACCACGUACACCGAAGUUGUGGACAAAGGCUUCCACGACUUGCAACCAUGGAGCUUUAAGGGCAAGACUCCAGACAAUGCGAUGCAGGAGGUGGCAGAUGUAAUUGCUGAAUACCCUCCAGGGCAGAAAGGAAUUGACGGAGGAGGCUUCUCUGUCAAGGCGGUGGAGCCUGGAUACCUGUGUCUUGGCCGUGCAGGGCGGUUUGCAGCGAAGCAGAUAUUGCAAUAG